AAUCAAUACAGGCGCGCGCAUUUUUCAUUGGACGUUGAAUUUGACAAUUAGCUUACGUCACUUGCAUGUCCGGUACCCCGUUGUCGAGGCGGUCGAUCGAAUAAACAAAAAAGUGAUACCUACGUAAACAACAGUAAACAAAACGAAAUUCAUCAUUGAUUCAUUCAGGAAAAUGUCUAAAGUGACCAAUGUGAAUUCUAGUUUAGCGUAUGAGAUAUUAUUAUAUCUAAACAGUUUUUAUCUGGGGAUGUUUUUCGUGUGUGAAGUGGCAAUGGGAAUAUUAAAAGCUAUCAAUGUUUCUUAUCCGGAAAAUGCUUUGAUAACAGAAGCCGGUAUAUUUAGUGCUUUGUGUCUCGUUGAAGUUAUACGCAUAUUCUUGGGACGAAGAGGAAAUUUAGCCAGUAAGAAAGUGCCAGUAUUUUUCUCAGUAGUGUUGACAAUACCUUCUGCUGUGGGUGUAUGCUACUUCCUGAUCUACCAAACAUACAUUCUACGCUUGGAGUAUAUUUGGUGUGCUGUAAUGUUGAUGUUCCAUGCUCUAGAGCUCGCCUUUGCCAUCUUGUUCAUUGUUACAGUAUGCAAACAUCAACAAUAUGAAUAGAAUUUAUUUACGACCAUGCCAAAAAGAUUUUGAUGCCAAAAUGUGAUGACUGAAUUUAAAAAUGUACUAGUCUAUGGCUUAAAAAAUAGUUUUAAGUUUAUUAUACCAAAAUAUUUACUAAGUGUGUUUGUGCCUCCCUUUUGAAAAAGCUUCCUAAUUUUAUUGAACUAAGGCUUUUGUAAAAAGCCAUAAAAAAUAAUAAAUAGGACAUCUUUUAGGAAUAAGUGUUAAGAACUUUUUGUCUAAUUGUUUUAGUAGUAAUUAUUAAAAGUAUUAUAGGUAUAGCCUAUAGAAAACAACUCCAUUUUUAUAUUGUGCAACUCGCCAUUUACUUUAACAGAUACUUAUGAAAAACUAGUACAAAAUUAAUAGUUAAAUUUACUAGUUCCGAUAAUAACAUAUGUCUUUACACUGUGUUUACGUUAACAGUAUUUACACUGUCGCUGUCGACCUACAUUCUAAUACUUUUUUUUGUGCUCUAAUUAUUUUUGAUUAAUUUUAAUUGCAAACACUGUCUAUAAUUCAUGACAUAAUUCAGUAACUGUGCCCUGAGGCCCCCUUUACUUGCCGAUAAUCGUUAAUAAGCCUUGCCAUCAUGUAUUUCGAGACUUUAUAAUUAUACAUCAUUUCUUUUGACUUGUUAAAGAUAUGUUUUAAAAGGUAAAUUAGAAAACCUAAUAGACUCGUAUACUUAAAUAAUUGCACAUCUAAUAAGCAUGCCUCCAACCCAGCAACUAAGUUGUCAUUUAAAUAUGUAGUUUUAAUAGUGUCAUAUGGUAUUUUUCAUAACAUCAAACAUAAAGCUGAAGGUGGGGGGUCAGCGCUUGGUCCACUCGAGGUUAGUGGUAGGCAAAUUCGAAACAACGCCGCGCCGGAGCCGUGCUUUUUAGAUGAUUAUACAAUUAAUUGUGCCUACUUGAAAUAAAUAAUUAUGUAGUGCGGCCCUAAUAAAAGGUCUACUAGCAUUUUUAGACUAGACUUUAUUGUAGUGACUACGUUAGUGUACCCCAUUUUGAACUUAUUUGAUUAUUUUUCUGUACUCUAUGUAAAAUUAUCUUGAACGAAAGCUCAAUUUUGUAGUUCCGACUAUAUAAUUAAAAAUAAAAAAAUGCAUACUA